ACUCCGUGGUUAAUGCCUUAAUUAAAUCCUUAAACCCAAUUACUUUGCAUCCUUCACCGUCUCUUGUCUUAGCUCUUUUCCCUCUCUCCUUAGAAUUCCCUUAUUUAUACAAGUAUAUAUACACACACCAUCUCUGUAUUCCUCCACCAACCUGACAUACUUUGAGCUUUUUAGCCACCUUGUCAGCUCGCCAUGGCUAUGGCUAUUGAUGGUGCUUUUGAGCUUGACUUUUCCGGCUAUAGCUCUACCACCACUUCCACUGAAAAUGAUCACCAUGCCUGUAACUGGAAUGAUUGGUCUCCGGUUGUGGACUGGGAAGCCUUGUCUGGCCCCCAUGAUGACUUUCAGGAUCUUAUUGAGUCCAUGAUGGAAGAUGGAGGAUUUAAUCAAACCACCUGUAACUCUAACUCUUUGUCCACUGACACCAUGCUAGUGGACGAGGAAACCAGCUGUGAAGAUUUCAAGGGCCUGAAGCUCAUCCAUCUAUUGAUGGCUGCUGCUGAGGCACUUACGGGUGUUAAUAAGAGCCGUGAUCUGGCUCGGGUGAUAUUGGUUCGGCUCAAGGAGUUGGUGUCCCCUAACGACGGAACCAACAUGGAGAGGUUGGCAGCGUAUUUUACUGACGCCUUGCAAGGUUUGCUAGAAGGAGCCGGAGGUGGCGGCCACAGCAAACAUUUAAUAAACAAUGGGCCUCACCACCAUCACCACCGCGACGAUCACCAUCAUCAAGCGGACGUUCUUGCGGCGUUUCAGCUGCUGCAAGACAUGUCUCCUUACGUGAAGUUUGGGCAUUUCACAGCUAAUCAAGCAAUUCUUGAAGCCGUAACCCAAGACAGAAGAAUUCACAUAGUGGAUUACGAUAUCAUGGAGGGUAUUCAGUGGGCAUCAUUGAUGCAAUCGCUGGUGUCCAGGAAGGAUGGUCCACCAACCCCACACCUGAGGAUCACGGCGUUAUCAAGAGGUGGCAACGGCAGAAGAUCAAUUGGAACUGUCCAGGAGACUGGGCGGCGGCUGGUGGCUUUUGCCGCAUCUAUUGGUCAACCAUUCUCUUUCCACCAGUGUAGGUUAGACUCAGACGAGACUUUUAGACCAUCUAGUUUGAAGUUGGUCAGAGGAGAGGCAUUGGUAAUGAAUUGCAUGCUCCACCUCCCUCAUUUCAGUUACCGGGCACCCGACUCUGUCGCUUCAUUUCUUUCUGGAGCCAAGAAUCUUAACCCAAGAUUAAUCACCCUCGUCGAAGAGGAGGUGGGACCCAUUGGUGAUGGAGGAUUUGUAGGCCGAUUUAUGGAUUCAUUGCACCAUUACUCCGCCGUGUAUGACUCGCUGGAGGCAGAUUUUCCGAUGGAGGGUCGGGCACGGGCAUUGGUAGAAAGAGUAUUCCUAGGACCCCGAAUAGCAGGGUCACUGGCUCGUAUCUACCGGGCACGUGGAGAUGAGGAGGGGUGCUGUUGGGCGGAGUGGUUGGGUGCGGAAGGGUCUAAAGCAGUUAAUAUAAGCUUCGCCAAUCAUUGUCAAGCAAAACUUUUGUUAGGGCUUUUCAAUGAUGGAUAUAGGGUGGAGGAAUUGGGUUGCAAUAGGCUUGUGCUGGGGUGGAAAUCCAGACGAUUACUAUCCGCCUCUAUCUGGACUUCUCCUUCUGAGUGUGAUUUGUAAACUUAUUAAUUAAAGCAUCUUUUUCAUUUUAUUAUUUUCUAUUCCCCCCUCUCUUUUUUUCUUUUUCAUUUAAUUGUGA